UCGUUUAAAUAAUGCAAUGGAAUUCAAUGAGCUUAGUUCACUCUCUCUCUCUCUGCCUCAGAGUAUAUAAAUUGUUUGUGCCAGUUGGUUACAGCAAGCAUUCCUGCAUACAACUUUGUCGGACAUAUUUCAAAUUAAAUUCAACAAAAUGUUUAAAAUUUUCUUCUUGCUAUUCGCUGCUUUGUUGGCUUUCGCCGCUGCUGCUCCCUCUCCAGUAGCUUCACCCGAUCCAGCUCCUGCCCCUGCUCCUCAAGUAUUUUACAGCGGCUAUCCUGCCUUUGGUUAUGCUGCUUAUCCUGCCGUCUACUAUGGUUGAUCCGUUUAACAUUUGCUUUGGAUUAAUAAUACAUAUAUUUGAUUGAGUAACUUAGUCGGAACACGAAUCGGAAUUGGAACAGUAAUGGAAUGGAUAUUGGGAAUAUGGCCUCGUUUUCAUGUUAGAUCUUAGUGUUUUUGUUUUUUAUUUUUAAACAUUUUUUGUUUUAUUAAAUGCAUUUAAAAAGAUAA